AUGUCAUUCGAUGCGUCAGCCUCCCUGACCAUCUCCGAUCCAAAUGCGCGCGCCCUAAGCUCCUCCUGCUUCGACUUCCUCCUUAUCGAGUUAGUCCCAAUGGCUGAACGUCUAGCCAAAGAAUUUUCCACAAAUGAGAAGAACUUGGAAGAUGAAGAGAUCCGUGAAAGUACAUACUUCCGUCUUGAAUCGCUAGGAUACAGGGUUGGGCAGGGUCUUGCGGAAAGAUUCUCGCGUGAUCGUCCUCGUUUUACGGAUAAUCUGGAUGUUAUCAAGUUCCUUUGUAAGGAUUUAUGGACGGUUUUGUUUAGGAAACAAGUCGAUAAUUUGAAAACGAAUCACCGAGGUGUCUACGUAUUGACAGAUAGUGCUUUCCGGCCAUUUGCCCGAAUGAGUAUGGCUGUGCGCGGUGAGGCCAUAUCAAUGGCACAGGCUUACUUAUGGUUCCCUUGUGGGAUUAUUCGGGGUGCGCUUGCGAAUCUGGGUAUCAAUACCACUGUCCAGGCGGAGACGUCAGAUCUUCCUGGAGCGACGUUUCAAAUCAAAACAGUGCAGGUUCGGCCGUGA